GGAAAUAGCGACUAGAUGGUGUGUGAUAAAAGCCAUCUAUUGUCACGAUAUACGAACUGCAAAUCAUCAACAGUCAAAAUGACGGAAUAUUGGAAAUCAUUGCCUAAAAAGUACUGCGAUUUUUGUAAAUGCUGGAUCACAGAUAACAAAGCGAGUGUUCAGUUCCAUGAACGUGGUGAGGGACACAAGGCCCAGGUAGCUCGUCGGCUUACCGAGCUUACCAGGAAGGGUGAAAUUGAAUAUAGACAGCAGCAACAAGUAAACACAGAUCUCCAACGUAUGGAGGAAGCUGCAAUGCGAGCAUAUCACAAAGACUUGACAAGUAAUCCAGAUCUCUCAGCAAGAAACAUGGCUAGUCAGCAUUCACAUGUGGCAAAGGUGAUAGAACAUGCUGCUGCCAAUCCUAAGAGCCUCAAGUCAGGAGAAUCUGCUGCACUCCAAGCUGCAGCUAACUAUGUCGGGAGUGGACCAGGACCUUCCAUGCCACUUUUGCCAGCCCCAAAAGUUUGGCAUGAAGCCCUUUCACCUGAGGGCUAUUCAUACUACUGGAAUGUUGAGACAAAUGAGACUUGCUGGGAGGCCCCUGCUGAGGGCUAUGUUACACUAAUGGAACAACAGCUGGAAGAACUGAAAAAUGCUACAACCGACACAAAGGAAACAUCAGCUGAACCAAUAAUCACUAAAAAGAAGAAGAAAAAGAAGAAGAAGAAGGAAAUGGAAGAGGAGUAUUAUGAAGAUUAUGAUGAUGAAUUUCAAGGAGAAGAACAAGCAGCAGCUGAGACAACACCAGUAAACCCUUACGGACAAUGGGAAACAGUUCAAAAAGCAGCUGAACCUGCACAACCUGUGAAUUUACAGUUACCAAAGAUUAAGUUCUCUAAUGCUGCCAAGGCCGCAGCGGUUGUCGUUCCUGCAGAACCAAAAAUUAGGUUUACUGAGAAAACAGCUGCACCUGCUACCGGACUUAUGGGAUCGUUAGUCAAGCGGGAGCCGGGCGAAUCGGAAUUCAAAAAAAGGAAAAUUGGUGAAGAAGGGUCAAAGAAAAACUUAAGGACGAGAGAAUCAAAUUUUGACUAACAAAAAUCCUUUUAUCUUGUAUCGUUUUAACUUUGCCAUCAGAUGUUCCAUUAGCUCUUUUUUCCACGUAAUGGUUCAAUUGUUUUCGUACAUCGCUCAUGGUCUACUGGAAAAGCCAUUUCAGCCCAAUCAUAUCAAGAUACAUUAUGAUUCAUUUCCAAUA